CUGUCGGAGUUCUCCGCCGGAGCUGCCGAUGACGCUUCCGAGGAUUCUUGUAGUAUUUGUCUCGAGCCGUUCAGCACCGACGAUCCUGCUACUGUAUUAUCCUCGUUCAUCAUUCUCUACUCUAUUUCUGUCAUAUUAUCAAUUGCUUGUGCUUUCCUUUUAAAUUUGUUUCUUUUUUUGUAUCUACAUUUAAUGAUUUUUUAGGCAUUUUCAUGAUGAUCGUCGAUUGAUUGGAUCUUUGAUUUAGAUGAGUUGUAGCAUCAUGAUCGUUUAUUCCUAGUCGUUUUCUGUCUCUUUUUACGUCCUUCUGUUUUUAUCAUCACCAAAGAAAUUUCAGUAAAGUUCCGGUUUUAUAUUUCUAUCGAAGUUUUAUUUGCCAUAAUGGAUAUUUUGGUGUGUAGUUGAGAGAGGCUUCGCUAUGUUUCUUCCCUUUACCCUUGCCUCGGAAAGGGAAAACUUUACUAUCUAAUCUUUAGGGAAAAUCUUUUAUUUCCAAACAGAGUUGGAUUUGUUGACUUAGUAAUGUAUAUCGAACAACAGAUUUCCUCCAAGGUCUUCUUGCAUUUACUGCUAUACCUUCUUUUGUGGCAUGGAUGCUCACACUGUGCGUUUGGACAAUUUACAACAUGGGUGUAUCAUGUAUGUUUCUGUUUUUGCUGUUGCCUGCUUGUCUUCUUGCUGAUGGCUAUGCGGUGCUACCGAAGGACAAAAGCAACAUUUUUCUUGUUAACUGUAAAAUUACCAACUGCAGGCAUGAAUAUCAUCUUCAGUGUAUUCUUGAAUGGUCACAAAGAAGCAAAGAAUGCCCAAUUUGCUGGCAGUUUCUUGUCUUGCAAGACCCUACCAGCCAGGAGCUACUUGCAGCAGUGGAGGGUGAAAGGAGCCCAAGGUCAAGGAACUCAUCCCCCACAGAAUCCACAUUUCUUCAUCAUUUCCAGGGAGAUUUUGGUUAUGAUCAUGAUGCUUCUUACUCGGAUGACUCCGAUCUCGAUGAGCAUAUUAUGCAGCAUGUAGUUGCUGCAGCAAGUGGAGCCCCUUAUGUUCACAGAAGGGAAAGGCAGAGAUCUUCUGGUCUUGGUCCUUCUGAAAGUCUUGUUUUUCCUCCUACAGAUGUGCCUGAUGUGCAGACAAUAAACACUCCGUCACCAGAAGAAUAUCAAAAUUCAGGCAGUGUGUCAUCUGAAAGCAAUUCCCCAGCCCACAGCGAUCAAUCUGCUAUCAAUGCUCAACCUCUGUCAUCAGGGGUUCCCUCUGUUGUGAAUAUGGUGUCUAGCACAGCUGCCAACAGAGAUGGUCUAGCUAAACCCAGAGUUAUUUUUGACCAGCCACUGCCUAGUAGUCCGAGGAGACCAAGCCCAUCUGACUUGCUUUCUUUUUCUGACUCAAUUAAAUCUAGACUUUCGGCUGCUUCAGCAAGAUACAAGGAAUCGAUCUCAAAAGGUACACGAGGUUUCAAGGAAAAACUACUUUCACGUAAUAACUCAGUCAAGGAGCUGAGCAAAGGAGUUCAGCGUGAGAUGAAUGCAGGUAUUGCUAGUGUUACAAGGAUGAUUGAGCGCCUAGAUCCUAUCUUAAAACGCACUGGAGCAUCUAAUCCUGAUUCCAGCUUUACUGGGGGAACCUCAAAUGUCUCUCAUAAGGGGAAGGGUGUGCAAGAAAAUGUGAUCACUCCUAGUGGAAAUAAUGGGGAAAUCUCAAAUGAUUUGAGUCCUGAUGCAUCACCUCUUGCUUCGGUUACCAUCUCAGACCGAGUUGAAGUUUUUCCUUUGCAGAGCGGACAAUGAUGGUUUCAAGAUUGAGAUUGCAAACUCAAGCACGGUUUGUAUGUUUUAUCUACUACACAGUAGAAGGUAUUUCAUGCAAGUGACGAACACGAAGGGUACCAAUCAGCCAUCCUUGAUGAUUGGUUUGCGUCCUGCAUUAAUAAUUCACUGUUCUGACCAUUUGGGGGAUGUUUCUGAAGGGAUUUGGUUCUUUAUUUAUAGGCGUGUAAGAUCCCUUUUAUAAUGCUUAUGAUAUUAACACUAGUUUUCUCAAAAUGAUGUGAGAUGAUCAAAGGGAAUUCUAGAAAAGUUCAUUGUCAUACCUCUUGCUUUUAAUGUUCCUUCUUUUAUUUAAUCAUAUAUUCUAGCCAUGCUAUUAUGGUUUUUUGGA